CCGUCAGUGUGGGCGGGCCCCGCUAAAGAAGAGAACGAGCGAAACACGACACUCCGAGGACGGAGAGAGGCACGGGGGGAGGAGAGAGUGAGCGCCGAGUGGUGCGAGAGUGAGUGGAAGACUGAAAAAGUCCGUGAAGAAAGAGAGGUUCCUUUUUAACGUUAAUUUCUGUCAGAGAAGUAAGGCGGGUUCGCGGCGGAGAAAUGUCAAACAGCGACGAAGAUGCGGUUGAGACGGAGUAAACAGCUACCGGACAGUUAGCGAAAGAAGUUGUUGGAAGAGAAGAGAACGACACUUUUCGCCUGGCUCGAGUCGGGACUGUUGACCGUCUUUCUUGAGCAACUUGAGCAGAUUUGAGGCUGCGAGUUACGGGACGAGAGGACCUACGAGGUGCGGGCAUAAACCGAGUCCUACUUGUGAGAUAGCUGGUUUAGGACCGCACCGAGAGAUAGAGGUUGGGGGGAGAGAGUGCCCGGCGGCGGCUUAACGAAUAGAGAGAGCCGCUGGAGCUGAAGCUGUAAAAGUUUGCCUCGUAUCUUCAGCGAGUUCUUGACGAGAUUGGAAAGCAGAGCGGGAGGAAGAGGCCGAAAGACUGACUUUUCUUUCCACAAGCAGCUUUGUGGAAUUUUCCCAGUUUAGCAAACUUUAGCUGUCCUGCCGAAGAGCUAAAGCGGAAAGAAUGAAAACACCUGGAGAUACUGGGUUCGCCUUCCCAGAAUGGGCUUACAAGCCCGAGUCAAGCCCUGGUUCCAGACAGAUCCAGCUGUGGCACUUCAUCCUGGAGCUGCUCAGGAAAGAGGAGUAUCAUGAUGUCAUCGCCUGGCAGGGGGACUAUGGCGAGUUUGUCAUCAAGGAUCCAGAUGAAGUGGCUCGACUCUGGGGGGCCAGGAAGUGCAAACCCCAAAUGAACUACGAUAAACUGAGCAGGGCUCUGAGAUAUUACUACAACAAGAGGAUCCUUCAUAAGACCAAAGGGAAAAGGUUCACCUACAAGUUUAACUUCAACAAACUGGUUUUGGUCAACUACCCGUUCAUUGAUAUGAGCUCCACUGGAAGUAGCGUUCCUCAGAGUGCCCCUCCUGUGCCCACCGGUGCAGGGACCCACUUCCGCUUCCCUCCUUCCACCCCAUCUGAAGUCCUCUCCCCUAACGAGGACCUGCGCAGCCCCGGUGGCAUGUUCAGCUCCGUGGCCCGACGAAUGGCCCGUGGCUCUGUCAGCGACUGCAGCGACGGCACUUCAGCCAAUUCUGAGAUCGAGGAGGGUAACACGGGAGCAGGAGAGGAGAGGGGGGAGAGAGUUGUGAGUGGAGGAGGGCCAGGUGGUGGUGGAGGAGGCUACCGGAGCAUCAUCCACCCCCGUUUGGCUUCUCAUGAAGCCCUGUUCCGCAUGUACGGAGGGCCGGGUAACCCUGCAGGGCAUCCAGGCUCCCGUGGCCCGGCAGCACACCGCAUCCACCCAGAGCCCCUGUCCCCCUUCCCUGCUUCCCCCCUGCCAGGCCCAGGAGGAGCAAGCCUUCUAGCUCCACCUUUGUCUCCUGCACUCUCCAUGACCCCCACAUCUCACCUCCCCUACACUCCCUCGCCCACCCUAUCACCCAUGUUAGGCUCUCACUUCUCCUUUAACCCAGAGGACAUGAAGCGCUACCUGCAGGCCCACACCCAGUCAGUGUACAACUAUGGCCUCAGCCCCAGAGCUUUCCUCCAGUACCCCAACAUCGUCAUCCCCCAGCCCCACCGGCCCGACAAGGCCGGUCUGACUGCAGAGAGAGGAGCGGCCGAGAGGGCGGAGAGAGCCUCGACUGUGGGGGGAGGCGAGAGGGGAGGAGACCGGCACCACCAUCCACCUCUGGGUCACCCGACCCACCACCACCCGCAUCCUCACUCUGCUCACCCUCACCCACAUUCCCACCCCAUGCAUCAUUCACUUCACCUUGGUGAGGAGCCGCCGCACAUGUCCCCCUUCAAGUUCAAGCUGCAGCCGCCUCCACUGGGCAGGAAGCAGAGGGAGGGGCAGAGCCAGAGUAAAGCCAGGCAGAGCUCACUGUCCUCGGGUUCAGGAUCCGGGUCCAUGUCCUCCACCUCUGGCCUGGGCUCCUCGCUGUCAUUCGGCAGUGACUUGAGCUCUGCCAGUGGCUCCGGGCUCAUCUCCACCUCCUCGUCAACACAAUCUCUAAACAGCGCGGGACUUCCCAAGAUAAAGGUUGAGCCCAUCUCUGACAUAGACUCCGAGGAAGAGGUGGAGGUGACUGACAUUAGCGAUGAAGACCCAGAUGAAAGAGAUGAAGAGUUUGAGCUCUUCGCCCCUCGCCACCCGAGAGCAUCCGACCACCACCACCUUCCUAAUGGCUCAGCCCGGGCCCAGCAACAACCCCACACCGACGAGGACUUAGAAGAAGAUGUGUUCAAAGCCCCCGCUCCUCCUCCACCCGGCCUGAUGCCUUUCUUCACCUCGCAGUACACGCACUCCGGCGUACAUCGCAUGCUGCCCGUCAUCAAGAGCGAACCCGCCGAGCCCGGGGAGAGCAGCACACCCCCAUCUCAGCCACCCGCGGCGGGGGCUCCCCAGACGAAGUGCAUUCCUCUCAAGCUGCGCUUCAAGAGGCGCUGGAGCGAGGACCAGCGCAUGGAGGCCUCGCAGGAGGAGUCAGAUGAUAAAAAAGUACGACCGGAGGAAGAGAGGGAGCGAGAGAGGCAAAGUAACGGACAGAUGGAGAUGGAAGAGGAUGGGACGGGCAGCGGAGGCGGGGACAGUCCUCCUAUGCUGGCGUAUGAAGGCUCUUUAGCAGCACCCCUGGCCUUGCACAGGAGGGUGACUGCCGAGCUGCACCGCGCCACUGCACAGCUGUCUCUGGAGAAUAAAGACUGCUGAUGAGAGCCUCAGUCCAAACACUACUGCUCCAGCAGGGCAGGAGGUGGUGCAGGAGUAUGUAAAUGGUUCCUCUGUAAUUCCCUCUCCUCACACUGACAAACUAGAAUCCAGAAACCUCCACUGACCCGAGAGCACACGUCAACAUACACAUGAAAGUAACGCCCCAAAGACAGCCCGACACCUUCUCAUCUCAGGGUGCCAAAUAUGGCCAUUUUGUCAGCCGCUGGUGUCACAGACGUAUGCGCGUGAGGUCUCUUUUGGUGUCCGUGAUGCAACGUUUAUGUUUAUUCUUAGUCAUUGUAUAACACCAAGACAGUGUAAACCAGGGGUAGGGGAACGCCAGGCCUCAAGGGUCGGUGUCCUGCAGGUUUUAGAUGUGUCCUUGAUCCAACACAGCUGAUU